CUAACCUAGUUCCGCUUCUAUAUACACCCCCCGUAAACACCCAACCCAAUCUCCCUUCUGCUUAGGCCGUUCGUCUAAUACGUUGAGGAACGAUGAGGUUGGAGAAGUGCUGGUUUUGCUCAUCCACUAUAUACCCUGGCCAUGGUAUACAGUUUGUUCGGAAUGAUGCAAAGAUUUUUAGGUUCUGUAGAUCUAAAUGUCACAAGAACUUUAAGAUGAAGAGAAAUCCACGCAAGGUCAAGUGGACUAAGGCAUAUAGGCGGUUGCAUGGAAAAGACAUGACACAGGACUCAACCUUUGAAUUUGAGAGGAAGCGAAACAGGCCCGAAAGAUAUGACAAGAAUGUAACAGAGAACACUUUGAAGGCCAUUAAGAAAAUUGUUAAAGUCAGGGAUGAUAGGGAGGCUACUCAUCACAAGAACAGGAAGAGACCUAAGAUUAAAUAUGUCCAGAAAGUUGAUGCAAAGGAACUUGCACAGAGUAUCCACAUGGUCAAAGCCCCUUCGGCUCUCCAAAAAGAUCCUUCGCUCACCUUGCCAAUCAAGGUCAAGGUCUCACAACAGUCCAAAGAAAACCGCAUGGAGGAGUAACGUCCAUCUCUGCCUGUCCUUGUCAUUACUCAUUGCAGACAUUGGGCAUUCCUUACUAUAUCCGAUCCUUACUGUUAUUGUUGGUACCCUUUUUGCUUUAGGUGCUAAAAGUCUCAUAUCAUUAUAUUAUGUACUACAAGGAAAAAUGGUGUUUGAUCAACUUCAUCAAGUACAACCUUGUUUUGGUUUUGGUAUGAUCAACGGACAAAUCAUGAAUUUUUAUUCAUAUUUUUGAAAUUAUUUGUUACUUAAGGCAAUGUAUCAUAUGCAACUCUUAUUUUGCAAGUUACAUGGAAAAGUAAUGUAGAUUGCAGACAAACUUACAAUCAUCCAUUCAACCAUGGCAUGUAGACAUAAACGAUAAGAUGUGAU